AUGAAUUUGUUUUGGCCAUCGGAAACCAAAAAGCAAAAUGAAAUACCUGGUGGCGAUUAUACACCUGGGAACUCACCUUCAGUACAAAAGGGUUAUCAAUUCCUCAAUCGAGACAUAUUUAAAAGUUGUCCACGAAUUAUGGAAAGGCAGUUUGGUGAGUGUCUGCACAAUAGAACGCAUUUAAUCAAGGAUUUAAUUUCUUCUGGCAAUGUUGGACUAGGUCCCAUUGAGAUUGUUCACAUGUCCUACUUAAACAAACAUGAAAAAGAAGAGUUUGGUGAAUAUUUCUACGUUACAGGGAUCGAAGUUUCCGGUCCUGCAAUGCCCGUAGAGUUUCUUGAAGUGCUAAAAUCGAGUAAGCGGAUUUCCAAAAAUAUAUCGAAUAAUAUCAUAUUGACUUAUUGCUGUUUUAAUUUUUUCAGCAAUCUAGACAUCCGUAUUAGAUACGAUGCUGACGAUACUUUCCAGACAACGGCAAUUGACUGUAACAAGGAAACCACUGACCUGACCAUGACAGAAAAAAUGUGGGAAGAAACGUUCGCAAGUUCUGUCAUCCGAGCGAUAAUAACAAAUACUAAUCCAGAGUUAAAACCUCCCGGUUUAGUAGAGUGUCCAUUCUACGUUGGAAAAGAUACUAUCUCCUCUUGCAAAAAGAUCAUAGAAUUACUCUGCCGAUUCUUACCACGGUCACUGAAUUGCGGGUGGGAUUCUACCAAGAGUAUGCAAGCCACCAUUGUCAAUAACUAUUUAAUGUAUAGUUUAAAAAGUUUUAUUGCAAUCACGCCAAGCCUAGUGGAUUUUACAAUCGACUACCUGAAAGGACUUACCAAGAAAGAUCCAAUCCAUGACAUAUACUACAAGACGGCUAUGAUCACAAUUCUAGAUCACAUAGAAACAAAGGAGUUAGACAUGAUAACUAUUUUAAAUGAGACGCUCGACCCCCUUUUAUCUCUGCUAAAUGAUUUACCGCCUCGCGAUGCUGAUUCAGCACGAUUAAUGAAUUGCAUGAGUGACUUGCUGAACAUUCAAACAAAUUUUUUGUUAAACAGGGGUGAUUACGAACUAGCAUUAGGCGUCUCUAACACAUCAACCGAACUAGCCUUAGACUCUUUUGAAUCUUGGUACAACCUAGCGAGAUGCCACAUCAAAAAAGAGGAGUAUGAAAAGGCUCUCUUCGCAAUAAAUUCAAUGCCUCGUUUGCGCAAAAAUGAUGGACACCUGGAAACAAUGUACAGUAGGUUUCUUACCUCCAAUUAUUAUAAAAAGCCAUUGAAUGGUACCCGCGAACACUACGACUUGACUGCAAUGGAAUUCACGAAUCUCUCGGGAACGUUGAGGAAUUGGAAAGAGGAUGAGUUAAAACGGCAAAUUUUUGGAAGAAUCGCAAUGAUAAACGAAAAAAAAAUCGGUUAUACAAAGGAAAUCUGGGAUGAUAUUGCGAUAAAGUUGGGUCCGAUUUGUGGUCCACAAUCUGUGAAUCUGAUUAAUUAUGUCUCCCCUCAAGAGGUCAAAAACAUAAAAAAUAUCAAUUUAAUAGCAAGGAAUACGAUCGGCAAACAAUUGGGAUGGUUUAGUGGUAAAAUAUAUGGGUUAUUAAUGGAAAUUGUGAACAAAAUUGGUUGGAAUGGCUUAUUAAACAUCCGAACAGAAGCUUUCAUGAUGGAAACUGAAUUCUAUCAAGCUUCUAACAACAUUAUCGAUGAAAACGGUCAUAUACCGAUGGAAUCCCGAAAGAAAAGGUUUUGUGAAGGGUGGCUAGAUGAUUUAUUUUUAGAUUUAUAUCAAGACUUGAAAUUGAGCAAGAUUAGCCUAAGCAAUAAAGAUGAAAAACACAGCGGAUUAGAGUGGGAACUUUUGGGUUUGAUCAUGCUGCGUACCUGGCAUUGGGAAGAUGCCGUAGCUUGUCUAAGAACAAGCAUAGUAGCUCGAUUCGACCCCGUAAGUUGCCAGCAGCUGCUAAAAAUAUACCUGCAACCUCCAAAAAAUAUUCAAGAGGUUACAUUACUAGACACAGAUACCAUAAUAAGUUUAUUAAUUAAGAAAAUAUCAUAUGAUUGCAGGUAUUAUAAUUAUUGCCAGAUAUUUAAUCUGCAACUGCUAGAAAAGCUAUGCAACGAAUUGGGGACGCAUAUACUGCGUAAUAAGAUCCUUCUUCAACCUUCCAUAGGAGACGAAAUCAUGGUCAUGAUCGAUGCCAUGCUUGCGUGGAUAGCCGACCUAGAUCACACAGUACAACCUUGA